CUCGCGCCAAGGAACGGCGCAUGCGGACCGGAAGUGGGCGUUUUGACACCGCCCCUUCUCUUCCGGUGGCCCCUUGAGUCAUGGCGCUGUUCGAGCAGAUGAGGGCCAAUGUGGGGAAAUUGCUGCGGGGGAUCGACCGCUACAACCCCGAGAACCUGUCGACGCUGGAGCGUUACGUGGAGACACAGGCGAAGGAGAACGCCUACGACCUGGAGGCCAAUCUGGCUGUGCUCAAGCUGUACCAGUUCAACCCCGCGUUCUUCCAGACGGGGGUGACGGCGCAGAUCCUGCUGAAGGCGCUCACCAACCUCCCCCACACCGACUUCACCCUCUGCAAGUGCAUGAUCGACCAGGCCCACCAGGAGGAGCGGCCGAUCCGUCAGAUCCUGUACCUGGGGGAGCUGCUGGAAACCUGCCACUUCCAGGCCUUCUGGCAAGCGCUGGAUGAGAACGCGGAGCUGCUCGACGGCAUCGCCGGCUUCGAGGACUCCGUGCGCAAAUUCAUCUGCCACGUGGUCGGCAUCACGUACCAGCACAUCGACCGCUGGCUGCUGGCCGAGAUGCUGGGUGACCUCUCGGAGCCGCAACUGCGCGUCUGGAUGAGCAAAUACGGGUGGACGGAGCCGGAGCCGGGAAGGGUCUACAUCUGCAACCAGGAGGAGAGCAUCAAACCCAAGAACAUCGUCGAGAAGAUCGACUUCGAGAGCGUCUCCAGCAUCAUGGCCUCCUCCCUUUGAACGCCCCUUAUUUUAUGCUAUUAAAGGAAGAAAACCCCCCAA